UCCCAGUCGCUUGAUUAUAAUAUAAGAAUGUUUCAAGGUUAUUUGUAAGAUGUUGGUAGCUUCGACCUAUGCCUGCUCGGUUUUAACAUUGCAAUAGUGGUAUAUCCCGUCGAUGCAUCUUGGCGAUCAAUUCUCUAAGGAGUAGUUCCAGGAACCAACGUUCAUCUAAAUAUAAUCUUAAUCUCUUUAAACUCAACUUCGAACGGUGUAUAAUUAUCAGAUGCGUGCUUUGCCGCUUAGAGGGAUUUUCGUUAGCGGAAACGGACCAAGGUUAGGAAUCAACGCGCUGAAGAUUUUCAGGCCAGAAGUAAGGAUGGAUUCUUCAACAUGAUCCUAUUCUCAUGAAGCUUGGGGUAUGCCACAAGGAUAUUGAGAUAUUUUAAUCGCCAACAACUUCGCUUAGCUAGCUGCUACUACUAGGUUAUGGGAUUUCAACAUGGCGGCGACGUCAUCCUUCGUGAAGCAGCUUGUAUAGACACAAAGUCUUCUACUUAUCGUUAUAAGACUCCUUUCUCUGCUUGGUGUAUAUAACAGACACCCAUUCGCACGAUUUCAACUUCUUUUUACAACCAAGAUAUCAGUUUCUAUCUACAACUAAGUUCAACCCGUUCAUCUGCUCUAUUUACUAUCCUGCCUACGGUAUCUUUGAAACACUGUUUCUUUUCGCCAAAAUUCAUCUAUUAUACUACCAAAACCCACAUCAAGAUGCGCUCCUCCAUCUUUUUCUUCUACAGCUUUACCGCUGUAAUCGUCGGCGCAACUCCCGUCAGCCAGCAGCCCCAGGCUCGUAUGGUCGUCGAAGGUAAAUGCUACGUAUCUGGCAAUCACCAGACUCCAAAUGGAAUCUGCUAUGAGGAAUACGAGACCAGAUCGGGUUGGACGGGCAACUGUGACUCUUACCCGUAUAGGUGCACCGCGAACGGCAAUUAUUGCAGUCUCUCAACUGUGCCGGGUGGGGUUGUUAUGUGUACGUAGAAGGCCGGAGGCGGCUUCGUAGUGACAGGCUAGGAGAGGUUGGUUGGCUGUUGCCAGAGACGUUAGGCUAGACAUACGCUCGUUAAGAUACGGAUUGUUCCAUGUACAUAUAUAUCUAUACUCGCUUUAGAGGACACACACUCGUUUUAUAGGAAGCUUCAUUUCAUAGAAAACAGUGUUAUUUCAAGC